GCGAAGCAGUCUACUUAGUGAAGGCUGCGAGAGAAAUAAAGUAAAAGCUGGCUCCUGUCUCUGGGGACUCUCGAACGAUUCGGACUUAUCAUGUCCCUGAGCAGAGCUGGGAGAGCCAAAACUCAGAGUCCGCUGGCAAGGAAAAGAAUGAAGGGAAAAAAAAUGACAGGGAGGAGCCAUCGGAGGGAGAGGAAAUAAAAAGAGAGAGAGGGAAAGACAGGCGUCAUUUAGGAACAGAGGUAGCGUGAAAGAAAGAGCUCCAGGGUCUAAAGCCAACCAUAUCAUUCAGGAUUUUUCUUUCUUUUCUUUUCCCCCAGAGGAGAUCCCUGUCCUGUUAUUUCAUUGACAGACAUGCUGUCACGGGCUCUUUUCCCUGACGUUGACCAGAAGACGCUGAAGCACUGAUGUGUGUCUCCCUCCACCCCCAAGGCCAGUGGUUUCCCUGGUAAUGGAUUGCUUCUCUCUGGGGAACGCCUCCAUCCUGGUGAGAGCCCCCAGGCCUAGUCUGUGAACUCAGCUAAGAAAUACCACCGCAAAAAUGACUGAAGAGCCCGUCAAGGAGACCCUGGGAACCCCAAAGCCUCCCAAGCCGGGGACAACGGAGAAGAGCCCCAAGAGUGAGGUGGUGAUCACGGCGGUGCCCCUGGUCAGCGAGAUUCAGCUGAUGGCCGCCACGGGGGGCGCCGAGCUCUCGUGCUACCGUUGCAUCAUCCCCUUCGCCGUGGUGAUCCUCAUCACCGGCAUCGUGGUCACCGCAGUGGCCUACAGCUUCAACUCCCACGGCUCCAUCAUCUCCAUCCUGGGCCUGGUCCUCCUGUCGUCGGGACUCUUCUUGCUGGCCUCCAGCGCCUUGUGCUGGAAGCUGAGACAGAGGAACAAGAAAGUCAAGAGGCGGGAGAGUCAGACGGCCCUCGUGGCAAAUCGGAGGAGCUUGUUUGCUUAGGACUGAACGAGACCAAGCGGGGGUGCGGCCUGGACAUCCUGCUCCCCCUGCGUCAGCCGGUUCGCCCAGAACUUGUGUGGGAGAGAACGGACUUG